UCUGCCUGUUUCCCUCACCCUACCCAACUCUGUGCUUAGCUUGGCUCUUUCCUGCCCUGCUUGCUUUGCCCCAGCGUCCCCAAACUCCAUUCAACAAUGCUGCCACACUGGCAGCUCUAAAUUUCCCAACACCUGUGAGCUUUUAAUUUUAUUUCCCACUCCUCCCCCCUUUUUUUUCCCUUUCCCCGUUUCAAUGACACGGCUAAAGAAACAGGACUGUGAUCAACCACAUGGAAAUGGAAUAAUUUACUAACUUGGAAUUGGACAUUUUUUAGCUGAUAAGUUGAUGCUGAUUGGAAAUAUUGAAGCUGUCACCAAUCAGCUCUGCAUGAGUGGGCUUUGCCCUCAGCUCAGAGGAUUCUACCUGAAAUAGUCCUCACAUCACCAUGGCUGAAGGAGGCAAAUCUCCCUCUGUCCCUGCAUCCAGCGAGUCCAGUGGAGCAGCAGCACUACAGACGAGCUCUCUUAGAUCAAAAGGUCUGGGGCUCCUCAGGAAGCUGAAAAUGUCUGUGGAGCUGCUGAUUGCCUUGGCUGCUCUCUUGUCCUGGGUGAUUGUGGGUGUGGUAAUGUUUGACUUUGUGGAAUACAAGGCAGUUCCUGACAUUCAGCAAGUUAUUUCCGACCCUGUUCAAGCUGUAAACGACGCUGUUGAUGAAGUGUCCAGCCUGCUUAAUAAGUUUCAAGAAUGUGCACCUGAUUUAAGUGACCCUAGGUCUGCUGCUACUUAUGCAGCUGAGGAAAUAACAGCAGCAAAAGAUGGAUUUGUUCGCCAUCUUUCAGACAAGGAAGGAAACUUCUACCUCAGCUAUGUUGACCCCGUUGUUGUUGGUAGACAAGCUUUCCAUUCAACUAAUGACUUCAUAAGUGGAGCAGUGGGCUCUCUUAAGGACACACUGUGUGCUGUGGUGGACACAAUAUGGGGUACUAUAUUGGAUAUAAAUAAAGGAAAAAUAGAUCUUAGCUACACUGACCCUGUGGUAAUAGGAAGAGGUGUUUUCAGUGUUACUAAUAAGUUCAUUUGUGGAGUGGUGGGCUACAUCCAAGAUGUGCUCUGCUUCAUACUGGACACUGUACUGGAUGUAGUAAAAGGAACAACCGACAUCAGCUUUGUUGACCCUGUGGUGAUUGGAAGAAAAAUCUUUAGUGUUACAGAUGACACAGUGAGUGGAGUCAUUGGCUACAUCCAGGGCUUUCUCUGUGCCAUCUUGGACACUAUACUGGCCAUAUUACAAGGAACAACUGACAUUAGCUUUAUCGACCCUGUGGUCAUUGGCAGAAAUGUCUUCAGUGUCUCUAAUGGUUUUGUAAGUGGAAUAACAGGAUACAUCCAGGAUGUGCUCUGUGCAAUCUUGGAUGUGACACUGGAUAUAUUAAAAGAUAUCCAACAGGCUGUGGGAUUUAGCCCUGUUUCAGUCCUGAAGACAACAACAGAAACUGCCAAAGAACAGAUUACCCUGCUUUUGAGCUACCUCUCCACAACUCUGAUUGGUGAACAAGGGAUUGUACCUGAAGUGUCUGUUGACCCAAUGAAGGUGGUUGAGGAAGCAGUGCUGGAACUCAGUGACAAGAAGGAUUGGUUCUUGGGUUACAUGUCAAGCAUGCUUGUUGGUGAUCAAGGUGAACCGGUUGCAUCUCCAGUUGUAAAUAUUGUCUCGGAAAAAGAUGAAACUGCACCUUCUACGUCGGAUAUCAAUUUGGUGAGAAGGAAAGGUGAAUUUCUUCCUCCAUUUGAUAAAGUUACAGAGAUGAUGCAGGCUGCUGAAGAUGAAGCUGCCUCUUCUACAGAGAUAAAUGCAGACUCUAAAACAAAGCAGGUGGAAGCUGAAGAUCCCACUGGAGUAGCUGGUGAAGCAGGAGUUCCCAAGGCAGAGGAUGAUGAGGCACUACUGAAACAUGUUGAAGAAACACAACCAGAACCUUCACUGAAAGAGGAGAAAAUUGUAGAUUAUGACAGCAAAGAGGAAGAAAAGGGAGAGAAGGAAGAUACUGAUCAUGAUGAAGAAGAGAUUAAAAUACAAGAGGAUACAGAACAACUGAAGAAACAGGAAGAGCUGAAAUUGGAGGAAGAGGAUGGUAAAGACAAUAAAGAAUUCACAACAUGGCAAGAACAGGAGGAUGAAAAAACACCAACAGCAGAGGGAGUGGUAGAAGAUGGAGAGGAGGAUAAAACCAAAAUUGAAGAUACUUUGGCAGAUGAUGAAACAAAAGAGACCAAAACUGAGGAAAUAAUACAAGAUCAGGUGAAGAAGGAGACUAUAACCAAAGAGGAUGAGGAAGAUGCAAAGGAGGGAAGCAAAACUGAAGAGGAAUUAAUACAUGAUGAAGAGACCAAAACUAAAGAAGAUUCGGAGCAAUAUAGUAGAGAAGAGGAGGUUACCAAAACAGAAAAAUUGGUAGAAGAUGUGGAGAAAGAGGCGGAAGCAAAAGCCACAGAUGUAGAAGAUGAAGAUGUGGACAAGGAAGAGGAGACAAAAACAGACAUGGAUAUUGAAGAUAGUGAUCUUCAAACUGAAGGAAAAAUAUAUGAAAUAACAGACAUAAAUGUCAGAGAUCAAAGUGAGGAAGAUGAUGAAGAAUAUUCAUCAUCCGGAGACAUUGAUCUUAACAUUUUGUCACCAAAAAACCUUGUAAAUGAGAGUAAAGAAGUUGAAUCUGCUGAAGAGGAGGAGGAGGAAGCAGAAACCAUGUCACCACCCGACUAUGACAAAUUUGAAUUUACUGAUAUUAGUGAUGCUCAUGAUGAAAAUAACAACAACAGUGAGAGCAGAAAAACUGAACGUGAGCGAAGGAGGAGGACUCAUUCUCGUUUCGAGAGGCUCCAAAACGCCAGCUCCAGAGUUUCACGAAAAGAAGAACACAUCAAUGAAAACGAGAAAGAAGAAAAGUCAGUGACGAAGACGCCCAAAGACAAAACAGAAGUUAAGAAACCUACUGAAACUGAAAAAGAGAUAAAAAUGUCUCCCAAAGUAGUAGAAAAACCUCCAAAAGAUGAAACAGAAGUCAAAGUACAUAAAGAGGAAAAGAAACCGACCAAAGAGACAAAAGAAACAACACAGCUCAAAGAAGAAAAGGUUGUAAAGACAACUCUUAAAAAGGGAAAAGAAGACAAGACACCUCCCAAAGAAAAGACUGAAGUCCCAAAGCAACUGAAAGAAGAAAUAGAGGUAAAGACACCUGAAAAAGAAGAAGUAAAGACACCUAAACAACUAGACAAAGAAGUUAAAAAACUGGACAAAGAAGAGAAAGGGGACAAGAAACCACUGAAAAAAGAAAAAGAACUCAAGAAACCUCACAAAGAAUUAGAUGUUAAGGAACUUUCCAAAGAAGAAAAAGAGAUACAGAAACCAGCCAGGGAAGAAAAAGAAGUCAAGAAGCUUUCCAAAGAGGUUAAAGAACCAUCUAAAGCAGAAAAAUUACAAACACCUAAAAAAGAAGACAAAGAGGUCAAGGAACCUCUAAAAGAUGACAGAGAAGUAAAAAAGCCUGCCAAACUAGAAAAAGGCUUGAAGAAACAACCAAAAGGAAAAAAAGAAGUUAAGAAAUCUGCCAAAAAAGAAAGAGAAGCAAAGAAGCCUCUCCAAGAAGAAAGAGAAGUCAAAAAACCUUUUAAAGAAGAAAAAGAGGUCAAGAAACCUCCCAAAGAAGAAAAAGAAGUAAAGGUACCUUCCAAAGAGGAAAAGGAGGUAAAGAAACCUCUCAAAGAAGAAAAAGAGGUCAAGAAACCUCCCAAAGAGAAAAAGGAGGUAAAGAAACCUCUCAAAGAAGAAAAAGAAGUGAAGAAACCCCUCAAAGAAGAAAAGGAGGUAAAGAAACCUCUCAAAGAAGAAAAAGAGGUCAAGAAACCUCCCAAAGAAGAAAAGGAGGUAAAGAAACCUCUCAAAGAAGAAAAAGAGGUCAAGAAACCUCCCAAAGAAGAAAAAGAAGCACCUUCCAAAGAAGAAGAGGAAAUCAAGAAAUCUCCCAAAGAAGAAAAAGAAGACAAGAAACCUCUGAAAGAAGAAAAAGAAGAAAAAGAAGUGAAGCUACCUCCCAAAGAUGAAAAAGAAGUCAAGAAACCUCCCAAAGAAGAAAAAGAAGUCAAGAAACUUCUCAAAGCAGAAACAGAAGUAAAGGCACCUUCCAAAGAAGAAGAGGAAACCAAGAAAUCUCCCAAAGAAGUAAAGGAAAUCAAGAAACCCCCCAAAGAGGAAAAGGAAGUAAAGAAACCUCCCAAAGAAGAAAAGGAAAUCAAGAAACUUCCCAAAGAAGAAAAGGAAGUGAAGAAACUUCUCAAAGAAGAAAAAAAAGUAAAGGCACCUUCCAAAGAAGAAGAGGAAAUCAAGAAAUCUCCCAAAGAAGAAAAGGAAGUCAAGAAACCUCCCAAAGAGGAAAAGGAAGUAAAGAAACCUCCCAAAGAAGAAAAGGAAAUCAAGAAACUUCCCAAAGAAGGAAAGGAAGUGAAGAAACUUCUCAAAGAAGAAAAAGAAGUAAAGGCACCUUCCAAAGAAGAAAAGGAAAUCAAGAAACCUCCCAAAGAAGAAAAAGAAGUCAAGAAACCUCUCAAAGAAGAAAAAGAAGAAAAACAAGUGAAGCUACCUCCCAAAGACGAAAAAGAAGUCAAGAAACGUCCCAAAGAAGAAAAAGAAGUCAAGAAACCUCUCAAAGAAGAAAGAGAAGUAAAGGCACCUUCCGAAGAUGAAAAAGAAGCAAAGAAACCUCCCAAAGAAGAAAAGGAAAUCAAGAAACCUUCCAAAGAAGAAAAGGAAGUGAAGAAACUUCCACAAGAAGAAAAGGAAAUCAAGAAACUGGCAGUCUCCAUGGAGCCCAAAGAGGAACCAAAGCAAAAAAUCAGACCUAAACCAGUAAAACCAGGGUUAAAAGAAACAGCCAAAGCAGCUCCUGCUAAGAAAGAGGUUGCUGCUCCUAAAAAGGCCAAACCCGCCGUCUUGACCAAAGAAAAAGAAGGCACCCCCAAAAAUGUGUCUCUGGUGAAAGAGCGGGUCAAACUAGUGCCUGUUAAGAAAGAACUGGAGACUACCAAAGUAAAGGACAAACCUGCUGCAGUAAAGAAAGGUGCAGUGUUCAAAGAUAGAGUUCUGAAAGAGAUACAGCAGUCUGUAAAGAAAGAAAAAAUCCUUGAGAAGAAAGCUACCAAGGAGGAGAAGGUCAAAGAAGAGCCUGUUGACAGUUUUCUAAUGGAUGAUGAGCUGCCCUACUUCCAGUGUUUCUUUGUGGAUGAAGACGAGGCCCAGUUUCCGUUUUACGCCUUCUCACCUCUGCAGAUUUGA